CAGUCGAGCAACGCUCACCGGCAGCUGUGGGGCUUGUUUACAUACGCGCGUAGGGGCAAGGCGAAAUCCCAGGCUAAAACUGCCGGCAUAUACCUUGCUGCCGGUCCCAAUCCAGUCAUGGGGAUCUGCAUGAGCUGCUUCAAAGGUUCGGGCGCCGACAUAACUACACCCCAAGGAGUUGAUGCGACCGUGAAGCGGCAACAGAUGGCCGAAGCCGCGGAACGAAGGCUCAAGGAGCAAGAGCACAGGGGAAUCAAGGAUCCCGAGAAAGUGAAGAGGCAACAGCAAAAGCGAGACGAGCUCGAACAAAUUGCGGCCACUGGUCCUGGCGAAGCGAAUUUGCGGUGGCAAGUCCGAUGAGCACUCGGCACCCAACUUAAUUACCACAUGUAAGAAAAAAAAGAGGAACCAUGUUAACCGGAGAAACUGUGUUUUGUGUGUUGUGCAAGUGUGCAUGAAUAUUUCUGUAUAACUUUCAAAUCAAAAUAAAUGUUGCUGUACAGAGAAAAAAAAACCAAACAAAAGCUAUUGCAUAAUAUAUCUGU